AUGAGCUUCGAAUAUUUGAACUCUGUUAGAAAGAUUGUAUGUAUCGGUAGAAAUUACGCCGAACAUAUAAAGGAAUUGAAUAAUACCGUACCUAAGAGGCCCUUUUACUUCUUGAAACCGACAUCCAGUAUAAUUACUCCAUGUGGCAGAAAGUCAGCGAAGAAAUUAAACGGUGCAACAUUUCAAGGUCUAAAUGAGGAUGGCACAAACCCGUCACCAAUCUACGUUCCGGCAAACGUACAAGUACAUCACGAAAUUGAACUGGCUCUUGUCAUUGGGAAGUACAUUUCGAAUGUUGAUCCAAGAAAAUAUACUAUGAAUGAUCUCUUAAACUCGGUCACUGGCGUUGCAUUAGCUCUUGAUUUAACUGGUAGAAAUGUCCAAAACGAUGCUAAAGCUAAGGGGUUACCGUGGACGUUAGCUAAAGGGUAUGACACUUUCUGCCCUAUAUCGGAGAUGAUCCCCAUAUCAAGACUGGACAGAUUAGAAAAUUGUUUCCAGUUGAAAUGUUUUGUAAACGGUGAAUUGAGACAAGACGGUUCGACUUCACUGAUGUUAAACUCUUUACCCAAAAUAGUGUCGUCCAUCGCUCAAAGUAUCACAUUAGAACCGGGAGACUUAGUAUUAACUGGAACACCAGCCGGUGUAGGAGAACUCAAAACAGGAGACACGAUAUCUGGUGAGCUGCAUUAUAACAAUGCAAGAAUCGUAGAAAUGGCAUUCGAUGUUGAAAAUCGACCAGGAACUUACGAGUACUAA